GUGCAUGGCUCACCAACCCUUUCAAUUUAGAUUUCAAUUAUCAUGUUAGUUUUGUGAUUAGAUUGUGUCCUCCAGGAAUCAAACCUCGCUCUCUCUCUCUCCCUCUCUCUUCCCCUCUGCAAUCAGAUUGGAUCUGAUGAAUUGCGGCUGUAAUUACGGAAGUUAUUGAAUAUGCAGAUCGCUGAUGACUAGCAGUGUAUCUGUUCAUAGUGCAUUAACUCUAACUGUAUCAAACGAGAGGCUUGUUCAAGACCCACUCAAGUAAUGAGAGAGGGCCAGUGGAUGCCAUUAGCCGGAAAUAAUAGCACGCUUGAAAGGGGCGAACUCAAUUAAGACCUAUGUGGUCCCAUUAUGGUGCCUUUGUUUUAUUCCCUGAGUGUACGGCUGUGUGUGUGUGUGCUAUAUGAUGGAGUUUUCUGGCUCAGUUUCUGGCCAGGUCAGCUGAUGAAGCAUUGUGACCAGCGGUUUCACUGUAAACACACAAUGAGGUCUCUGCUGGGAGGUUAUGAAUUGCUCAGCAUGAGGUAUUUUUUCCCUGCUCACUCUGAACGGCCUUUUUAAAGGGACUAUGAUGCAAACUCUGAGACUGAUAGGUGGUAGUUGGGUGGGGAAGGGUGUCACGGUUAAAAUGAGAGAGAGAGGGAGAGGGAGAGAGAGCAUAAAGUAAGUGCUUGAACAUUGUUGAAGCUGCUCCCUGUCUCCAAACCUUGGCCUCUGGGUCCACUACAUAAUCACUCACACACACAAACACACCUCCUCUCGCCCUGCGUAUGUCAAGCUGCUCUCCCAACAGUUUAAUAGCAAGGGUGCUACAGAGCGCUGUAAUCUACACUUGACUCCUGAGCUCAUAAUGUGACAUACCACAUUACACAGAGACUCAGAGACAGACAGAUGCUCACUAACUGGCCAAGAGAUACUCAGUGUUUUAAAAGUGGAGGGCCCAGUGAAGUGGUAGCAUUAAAUUACCUAACCUGUCAGUCACAAACUUUUCAUUUUUUCCCCUUUUUUGCCAAGAACAGUCAGAGCUAGAGCUGUUGAAGGGAUAGUUCAGCCAAAAAUUCAUAUUCUGUCAUUUACUCAUUCCCAUUUAGUUCUGUAUGUUUUCUUUUUUUCUUUUUGAAGGAUGUUCACGCUGCUUUCUUUAAUAUGAUGACAGCUUUUUUUUUAAAGUUAAUUCAUGAAGAUUUUCAGUGAAUAACAACCUCUAAAUUUUGAUCUGUUGCUCACACACUAUUGUGAAAUAUUAUUAUAGUUCACAAUUAUGUUUUAUGUUUUAAUACAUUUUAUUUUAUGCUUAUUUGGUGCAAUCCAAAAUUCUUCUUAUCAUCAAUGUUAGAAAACAGUUUUUGUUAAAACACUGAAAACAGCCACACAGGGAGUGGUUACAUCAAGAAACAGUUACGCUGCUUUGAAUGUAUGCCUCUAGCACUACAAUAUUAUAGUCAAAUAAGCUUAAACCGGCACACACACUCGCACUAAAAUGAAAGAAUACAGUGUGUGAGCCAUCUAUACAGUACUAUGAAUCUCACUUAUUUACUAUCUCCCCAGAAAUGAAUCCUGGUGGGAAGUACACAUACACACACUCCCUGCAUGUUUAAAUUUAAAUUGUAUGUAGCUAAAUGGCCCACUGUUAAAUAUUUACCCUAAAAUUGUCUCCAUUUGCUGUGGAGGUGACAUCAGAACAAAACAGAAGGAGCAUCUGCCGGCAUUAUGCUUUCAUAACGCUGCAUAAAAUGUGUUGUUUGUCGCCUUUAAAAUGCAGCACUUUUAUGAAUAAUGCAGCUCUUGAUUUCAAGAGGAAACACUUAGAAGAUGGAUUCAUAAAAAAUAAAUUCCCAAGUUAGUUCUUUUCCUCUGUGAUCAUAAGAGGAAGAGUUAGAAAGUUAAGUGCCACCACAGUAAAUGAAACGAACUUGUCAACACAAUGCUAAAUUGUUAGCCGUAGCACUAGUGAGAUAAAAGGCACUCUCUCUGUUUCUUUGUAACUGCUGGAUUAUGGGGUCUAUUUAAGCUCUAAUUAGUGUUCAUUUCAGGAGUUUCCAGUCUUAAAUGUGUAUUAAUGUAAUGACAGAGGAAGUGUUUGUUUUUAGGCAUCUAAGUGGAGAGGCUUAAUACAGGCUAAAUUAGCACAUUCAUUCUGACAAGUACUCUAAUAACCGCUGUGGAUUAACUUAUGACCCUGUUUGGGCGCACAAAGCUCAUGGCCACUGUUGCUCCGGUGGACCAAACUCACAGUAGUUAAGACUCCAAGAGGCUUUAGCGCCUGAACUGUUGGCCGCUGCCGCCUGGUUCCGUGUAUAUUAUUAGGUUAAUAGGAUUUCACUUGUUUACACCAACUGUUAGCUUAACUCGAGGUCAAAGAGGUGGCUUAAACUUGUGUAAUUGGCUUAUUAAGAAGGCUCAAGUAGCAUUGUAGUGAGGGGUUAAAACACACACACAGACACAGCCAGGGUGCCAUGCGACGUGCGUUGAGCACAGACUAGCUGCGUGCUCGCUGUUUUUUCAGCUUCUGAUAACGCGUGGAUUGCGAAAGAUGACCUUUGUCAGUGGCUAGCUAUUGUUUGCGGAUUGGUUGCACACUCCGCAUGCUGUGAAAGACACAUCUGCUGCCUCGCACGCAGAAACCGAGAGGGAUAAAGGGGAGAAGGAGGGGAGGGAAGACCUGUGCCACACGUCCCACACUGCCACAAUACCUAUCCGCUUAUCAAAUAUUUGUCUGGCCUUCGCUACCUAUUUACUUUCCCUCUGUUUGCUUUGCUUAUUCAAGUCUUGCUGUGUCAGAUACAAUGUUACCAAAGACUAGAUGCUCUACAGUCUCUCUUUUUGGCCCGGGUUAUUGACCUCCUUGCUGUCAGAGGGCACAUGGACAUUUUCUUUUGUUUUAUAGUUUGCUUUCAAUUUUCUCUUUCUGACAGCCUGUUUCUGACUGAAAAGUGCAUCAUACACCACCACACUCUCGCUCAUAAAUACGUUAGCGAUCCGGGUUGCUCCGUGCUUCGAUGACAAACAGAAGUGGUGUUAAUUUGCUCACUGCUCACUCACUCUUCCCACAAACCCUCUGCUGAAUGGCCCAGCUCAAAAUGUGUAUUUGUUUAAUAUGUUUUUGAUUGAUUCAUUGAUGAUGAUCCAUACAGUCAGUAUUGAGAACACACACACAUUCGGGAGCACAAAAGGCCUCUUUGUGCUGCUGGCAGGCAGGGCUCAUGAAUUCGGGUAGUGGGGUUGAGAUUACUCGAUUAUUUCAUACGGGGGCCCAGGCAAAUCACAGAGCCCAGUCCCCGCCGCACAGAGUGGGAUGGCUGUGGCGACGACGAACCACAACAGAGGCCCAGCCCGAACCCAAAAGUGGUGGACAGCAGCCAGAGACAGAUACAACCCACCCCGUCACACACUUGCGGUUUUUUAAAAGAAAGCAAUUUAGUUAAUGAUUUCAUUCUGAAAGCCUGUCAUGAUGCAUGCGUCUUCCCCUGCCAGGAAAAGGAGAGCAGGGCGGAAAGAAGGAAAGAAAGAGAGACGAAGGUGUUAGUCAACAUGACUACACUUAAGUUCUAACUGCUUGCGGCUGCCGCGCGGAUCGUGUUACCGAAUGGAGCAGACCGUUGUAAUGCUACUUAUAACUUUCUGAGGAAGCCCGUCACAGACCGUAGAGUUUUUUUAGCUAGGCUCCAGUCAGAUAUUUUUCCAGCUUGUUGAGAACAUUUUUAAGACACUACUGUGCUGUUUUAUCUGAAACGGGAGCAUGUGAGUUGGUCAGACUCACGGUUUAAUAGUAGACUGGUGAGACAUUUUCUGUAUCAGUCAGCGGCUAAUCCAGUAAUGUGCCUGCUUUCUGGCCUGGGUACAAAUCUACUGCACAUUUUUCUGUUCAACCAUGCUUGUCAGCUCCCGGUUUUAUUAGGCCGUGGUUCAGCAUGUUUCGUAUUCACUUUACCGCUUUUUCCCUGUGCCGCUCCAUCUUAGCAUUGCUAAAACAUCAACCCUUCAUGUACUCUCUGACUCAGAUUUUCGUGGCAAUUACACAGAUCGAUGGACGGACUCUCCCUCUCACCCUCUCUGUUCUCUUUCUCUCUGUCUUUUUUUUGUAUCUGCUGUCAGUCAUUUUGGGAACUUCUAACCACCUCCUGACAGACAUGAGUGCCAGCCGUUCGUUUAGCAGGGGUUUUUAUUCAGCCGCCUUCGUUCGACCUGUCACCGUGGCCACACACUGUUGCCCAUGCUUUCCAUUGAACAGGGGCGAAUGAAUUAGUUUCAGAGGUUUAAAUCGGCAAUCAAUGUCACUUGCCCCAACAUAAUAAGGCUUAAUCAUAGAUCUUCAAGAUGUGUCCUGGCUGACCCUCACGAUUCGUCAGGCAUCUUUUACAUGGCCUCAUCUGGGUGGAGCGAACAAACUGCCCCUGUUUUGAUUUUCCAAAUGACGUGUCACAUGAGUUGUGGCCGUUUUGGCAUCUCCUCUUAGUACUCCCUAAUCCAUUCCUCCUUCUUUACAUGUUUAAUGUCGGAGAAAAAUAACGCAUAUAUAUAUAUGUGUGUAUAUAUAUAUAUAUAAAUUAAUAAUUUUGAAGAGAGAGCACUAGAAAGCAACAAGGGCAGUUUAGGUCACAGCCAAAAAUAAAAAAUCAAAUAAAAUAAAAUAAAAUAAAAUAAAAAAAUAAAAAAAUAAAAUAAAAUAAAAUAAAAUAAAAUAAAAUAAAAUAAUAAAAAAGUGGAAGAAUUAGAAAUGGGACUAGCAAUAACUAAUGAGCUGUUGUUCACCCGGAGUACCACAGCGUCAAAGGUAAUUUCCUUAGCUUUUUUGCUCCACAGAAAUCCCAUUUAUGAGAUGAGAAUGAAAGGGAACAAAACAGCUUUUCUUUUCAUUAGGCGCUGCAAAUUUUCCAAUUUGGUUGACUAGCGACUGCCGCAAAAAAAAAAAAAAAAACUUCCUAUUUUCGGAAAAGAAAGGAAUUAGUGGGACAGUGGCUGGAGAAAGCAGGGCACUGUGUGCCGGCAUUCCAGAUGUCCAAACGGCAGUUGUACCAGCCCAAGUUUUUCUGGGCACCGGGUGCCAAUGAUGACCUCAUGAGCUCCAGGCUGAAGACUGUAGGCAUACAGUUCUCACUGACACGGGCUUGAAUAGCCCUCAGCCUUUCAUGCAUCCAUUCAUUCUCUCCAGUCCUCUGGCGGCAAAAUUACUCCCUCAUAAUUAGCCAUUGUCCCCGUUUUUGGCUAGUCUGGAAAAAAAGUUUUUUUGGCUAGUCACUUUUGUGUAUUUUUUUCCCCCGUUUUGCCCUUUUUUUUUCCCAGUCUAUCACCCUCCAUCUUGUCUAAUACGUUUAUUGUGAAACAGAGCAAUAUAAAGCCCCUUUCCUCUGUCUAUCUUUAGCAUUAUCACUUCAUUCUGUCUCUGUCUUCUGUCCUCGUCACAGUGGACUGUGAGAGAUUUUACACUCGAUUUGUUGACUCUUUUGCUAUAAAGUCGGCCGCUCUGAAGAAAAGUAUCUUUAUAAAUUACAGAGAGGACCUGUCCUUGAAUGGUGCUUUGUUUACUGUUUUUCCAAAAAGGGGCCCCCACUAUAUUUCAUCUGUCAGAGUUGCUUUUCUUUCCCCCAACAAUGCUUGAUUGUUUCCACAAAAAAAAAAAAAAAAAAAAAGAGAGGGACAGAGUAAGAGAGAGAGGAAAAGGGAGAGAGAGAGAGACAAACAGAAAGAAUGAAAAAAAGAACUCAGGUUCAACAGACAGGAGAAUUCUGUAUUAUAUUUUCCUGCCAAAUUCCGAUCUCUGUUUUCCUUCCCCUGCACUCACAAAGGGCUCAUAACUUACUGUCAACUGUGAGGGAAACCACAAAGCUCCACUGUUGCUCAGCAAAUAGGCUGUGUUUCUUGAUGGCUUCACUGGCUGUAAAGUUUGCUUAACUGCAGCACUGACACCAGGCACUUUGGGAACUGCCGCCCCGUAAGGCCCCGAGCGAGGGACGAAGCGAGACAGAAGAGACGGCGAGCUGCUUUUCUCGUGUCUUUGAAUCGUCUCCGGCCGUACAGGGACUGAAAGAGACACGCGUGCGAGUGAGACUGUGUGUGUGUGUGAGUGUGAGCGGAGGAGCUUAACAGCUGCUCUGCCGGUGGCUCCGUUCAUGUGCGUGAGCGUACUGCGUUCAGCGUGCCGUCGGAUGUGUUCUGACAAGACGUGCCGUGGCUGGGACGAACGGCCUGUCUGUGCUCGAGUGUUUUUGUGUGUGUUUGUGUGUGUCAGAAUUUGAGGAAGUGUUAUGCCAUCCAGCUCUGAAGUGGUGUGUGAAGAACAGAGAAGGACAGGAGCGGCCAAACAGGCUGAGGGGGACAGUAUCAGAAUCAUGUCUUCCAAGCAAGCCACCUCUCCAUUCGCCUCGGCCCCUGACGGAGGUGAGGAUGGAUUGAAUCAGGAGCGCAUGUCCUGGGAGAAGGAAGAGAACUCUGAGUCACUAGUCACCCCUCAGCUGCCCCUGCACAAUCUGCUCCACAACAAACCUCCCCCGGAGGAGCUCCAGCCAAUCAGCAGCAGCGUGCCGCCCGAAUCCGACUGGGACAGCCUGAUGUCGGCCCAGCAGCGCAUGGAAUCAGACAGCAAUAAAGUAUGCUCCUUAUACUCCUUCCGGAAUAACUCUACCUCUCCACACAAGCCAGAGGAGGGGGCCAGGGAGCGCGGCGACCUGCUGAGCAGCUCAGCCUUCGGAACACCAGAGCGCCGCAAAGGAAGCCUGGCCGAUGUGGUGGACACACUGAAACAGAAGAAACUAGAGGAGAUGACAAAGACAGAGCAAGACGAAUCCUCCUGCAUGGAAAAACUUCUUUCUAAAGACUGGAAAGAGAAGAUGGAACGACUCAACACGGGCGAGCUGUUAGGAGAAAUUAAAGGUACUCCAGAAAGUCUUGCAGAGAAGGAGCGACAGCUCUCCACCAUGAUCUCACAGCUCAUCAGCCUGCGAGAGCAGCUCCUGGCUGCCCAUGAUGAGCAGAAGAAACUGGCCGCCUCACAGAUGGAGAAACAACGUCAGCAAAUGGAGCUGGCACGCCAACAGCAAGAGCAGAUUGCCAGACAACAGCAGCAACUUCUGCAGCAACAGCACAAAAUCAAUCUCCUCCAGCAGCAGAUCCAGCAGGUCCAGGGUCACAUGCCUCCGCUCAUGAUCCCCAUUUUUCCACACGACCAGCGCACUCUGGCAGCAGCCGCGGCAGCCCAGCAGGGCUUCCUCUUUCCCCCAGGCAUGUCCUAUAAGCCAGGUGAUAACUACCCGGUGCAGUUCAUUCCAUCCACAAUGGCAGCUGCUGCCGCGUCAGGACUCAAUCCUCUCCAGCUCCAGCAACUCUACGCCGCCCAGCUGGCCAGCAUGCAGGUCUCUCCAGGAGCCAAGAUGCCUCCGCUGCCCCAGCCCCCCAAUUCUGCCGGGCCGAUCUCCCCAUCUGGCUUGAAGAACGAGAAGAGGGCCUCAACCCCCCUGGCUCAAGUCAAGGAGGAGGGAACGCAGCCUCUCAACCUCUCUGCCCGGCCCAAAACAGCUGAGCCCGUCAAAUCCCCCACAUCCCCGACACAGAGCCUCUUUCCAGGCAGCAAGAGCAGCCCGAACAGCCUGUCCAAGAGCGGAGGCAUCCCCAGCCCCAUCGGAGGAAUGGGUCGUGGCUCGUCUCUAGACAUCCUGUCCAGCCUGAACUCAACAGCGCUGUUUGGAGAUCAGGAUGCAGUGAUGAAGGCCAUCCAGGAAGCGAGGAAGAUGAGGGAGCAGAUUCAGAGAGAGCAGCUUCAGCAUCAUCAGCAGGGAAUGGAGGCCAAGCUGUCUGCCCUCUCCAGCAUGGGCCUGAACAACUGCAGGGCUGAUAAGGAGAGGUCUCAUUAUGACAGCCUUGGCCAUCACCUGGGCAAACUAGGUGAGGAUGGAAAGAUCGGUCACAGAGUCAUCGACCUCACCAGGCCAGAGGAUUUUGAUGGGUGUAAGGAACUGAAUGGCUCUGCAGAUAAACCACAUCAGUAUUAUUGUUGGCCAACAGGAGGCGCCAGCACUACCGAGGCACGGGUCUACAGGGAACCCCGGGGAAGGAACAGCAACGAACCUCACAUCAAACGGCCCAUGAACGCCUUCAUGGUCUGGGCCAAAGAUGAGCGCCGCAAAAUCCUUCAGGCCUUCCCAGACAUGCACAACUCCAACAUCAGCAAAAUCUUGGGAUCUCGCUGGAAGUCCAUGACGAACCAGGAGAAACAACCGUAUUAUGAAGAGCAGGCACGGCUCAGCAAGAUCCACCUGGAGAAGUAUCCCAACUACAAGUACAAGCCCCGGCCCAAGCGCACAUGCAUUAUCGACGGCAAGAAGCUGCGCAUCGGCGAGUACAAGCAGAUGAUGAGGUCGAGGAGGCAGGAGAUGAGGCAGUUCUUCACUGUGGGGCAGCAGCCACAGACGCAGAUCCCCAUCACCACCAGCGCAGGUGUCGUCUACCCCGGUGCCAUAACCAUGGCGACCACUACGCCCUCCCCUCACAUGACAUCAGACUGCUCCAGUGCCUCGGCCAGCCCCGAGCCCACCAUCCCCGUCAUCCAGAGCACCUUCAACAUGAAGAUGGAACCAGGCACCAUGGUGCCUAACGACCCCGUGAACGGAGAGGACGAGAUGGACAUGUACGAGGACUUUGAGGACGAGCCCAAAUCGGACUACAGCAGCGAGAAUGACACACAGGAGCCGGUCAGUGCCAACUGAGGCAAAAACACCCUGUGAAGAAUAUCCUUUUAUUAGAGGGAAGACUGAAGAAGAUGAAAAAGAGAACAUGACGAACAAAAAAAAAAAGUCGAAAAACUUGUUUCUGAUGAUAUACGUUUUGGGAGCCAGCAUGCAGAUGUGGCUCCUUCAGAUUUAACAGCUAUUGGUCUUAAGUGUUUCUCCGAGUGUGAAACAAUUUGAUUUGUUUUAUUUUGGCUUUUUUUAUUGUUAUUUUAUUGAUUUUUUUUUUUUUUUCUUGUGUUUUGAUCAUGGACAAUUUGGGGUAUUUCCUACGACAUUUUUGAAUAAUAGGACUUGACAAUUAUUUCAUAUGAAUGCAUAACUCACAGUCUUACUCAAAUUCAUAUGGAUUUACAGAUGUAUUUGUUGAAACCUUUUUUUUUUUUCUUUUGAAGCGUACAUUACUGUUUUCAAUGGGGUUCUAUAUCUCACUCAGGUAUGCUGUACCAGCCAACAGCUUGUGAAUGUUUUUAAUCAGAACUAUUUAAAAUGAAAAAGACAACAACACUUCAUUUGACAUUUCAUAAUACGAUAAAACUUAACUGAAGAAGUCCUUACAUUUGCUGAACCAUAGAGGGAAAGCCUAAAACUCCCCAUUAUUAUUGUUGUUAUUAUUAUUAUUAUUAUUAUAUUAUUACAUUUAAAAAAAAAAAAAGUCCAGAUGUGCCAAACAUAUCAUAAGCUUCCUGCUCUUAAAUCUUAAAUUUAAAAGUCUUAAGGGAGAGACUGCAUGAGUCUUAGACAAUCCUUGCAAUCUUAUCUACAAAUCCCACUUUUUUUCCUCCUCUCCACUUGUGUCUCCUCUCCAUUGACCUACCAUCUUCAAAUGCUCAGGAACUAAGAGUGUUAUAGUUCUCCAGGAGGUUCAAUGCAGUGAUCGUCCAACCACCGGCCUCGUCUAGUUCAGUCUUACCCGCUCGGUUCUUAAUCACAGUGAUUGUAAUCAGGCCAGAAUGCCAAGGGGCCAAAUGGCAUCCAAUCUGCAGAAUUGGACAGGCAGCAAAAGGCAGCUUUGGUGUAUUACAAUCACAAAUUGCUGUUGUACAAUAUGUACACGCACAAGUCUUUAGCCCCGUUUUUCAGGGCAGCAAGUUUAAAGUCUUUUAUUUACACUUAAGUCUUGUGGACAUUGUAAUCUUAACUGACAUAAAAUAGUCUUAAAGUCUUUUGGGCUUCUGCAAUUUGUUCAUUAUUAAGUCUUAAGAGAACGUCCAGUUUAUUAGGAUGUUUUGGCCAGUUAUGCAGAGGGAUAAGGAGAAAAUAAACUAUAAUAAUGGCACUUAUUUUCCAAAUUUUCUAUAUACUGUCUAUUUGGAUUCAAGAUUGUUUAAUUGUAUUUACAUUUAAAAAUAUAUAUUCUAAAACGAACAGAUUUGAAGAUGCACAAAGACAAAUCUGUUGGCGAUUUAAAUCGUUUUACUUGGAUUGGAUCUUCUUGAGCACUUGGGGGGGAAAAAAGACGACAAUUCAUAAUAAAAAAGCACAUUUUUGCUCCUUUGUAUUCAGUCCUGCAGCUCUACUAAAUUAUCCGCUCGUUCCGGCAGUAGAACGGAUCUCAGGUUGUUUCCGUGUGGAAGGACAGCCAAGAAGCAGCCAGCGGUCAGGGCCUCUUGUUUUAGACUUUGGCCCUACUGAAAGCUCCUACAGGGUGCGAGUGCCAUUCACCUCCACUCACCUGACCUCUGCCCAGCACACACCCUGCCUCAAGGGGCUGCCAUCUGGCUCCCGGCAUCGGUCCGUGCCCAGGAGAAAGGUAGCGAACAAUGAAGACGAGGCCCAUGUGGUUUAUUGUGCCCUCUCUCCAUCAAAGCUCUAGCGAAAGGCCGCGGCCAGAAGCAGCCACGAGGUGCUAGCGAGCAGAUGGAACAAGUAGAUCAAGCUGUGGGGGAUUAUUAAAAUGACUGACGAGUCGGUAUCAUCUGAAAUACAGCAUUAUUAAUGCAUGAGUCCCGCUAUUUUGCCUUUGCCCUUGAACCUGUCUGUUUCAUUGGUAACCCAGAGAUUAGAAUAGACAGGAAAUGUCACAGCAAGGCUGCUGGUCACUGCAUUACCUCUAAAGGUCGAAAAAGGUACCGAUGACUAUUUAGCGCUUACUUCUCCAAGCAGUUGAAGCCAUCACUUUUAUUUUCAGCACCCCUCUUUGAAAAGCAUUUACUUAAUUCGUAGAAGUUUUCAGCACUUCUUUUUAGAAGCUUGUAUUUGUACCUUUUAUUUUGUUGGUUUUGUUUAAGUUUGUUGUGAUUUUUACAUAAGGUACAAUACUUGGCUGGAUGUCCCCUGACAUGCGCGUUCAAAUUUUUUUUUUUUUUUUUUUUUCCUUGCUUACAAGCCAACGUUUAUUGUUUAAAGCUGUUAUAUCUGUUUGCUGGUGGAUUGGUUGAUUUGUACGUGAUUUGUACAUAUUUCCUUGACCAUGCCAAGCCAGUUCUGUAGGCUGGUAGCAGACAAAAGGACUGUUGUUGGGACUGAAACUUGAUUGCGCUUGUAUAGAUUAAAAAAAAAGAAGAAGAAAAGAAAAAAUCUCACACGGAGACAAUGAUUCAAAAGUGUUACAAGCACUGGAUAUAAAUGGUAUUUUUAUCAAUUCUGACUAAUGUGAAGCCGUUGUGCGAGGAAAAAAAAACCUACAUGAACAAGUCACCUGUUUGGACUCAUGUGAGCGCGCCUCACAGUUGCCAGAUUUGAGUCAUUUUUCUCUUGACAUAUUUUGUUUAUUUAUGCAAAGACACGUGAUGAAUGAACACUUUGUUUAAGCUCCAGUGCUGCCUAGGGGAGAAAGAGCAUUAUACUCGACGGAGAGGCUCGCGUAGUGACUGGCCAACUGAGACACACCGGACUUCAGUAGCACAUUUUAAUGGUCAUGUAUGUUUGUGUUGUAUAUUGUAUUUGAAGCUCUCUAGUGCAUAGACAUUUUAUUGUAUUUAUUAGCCAUUAUUGGCUCUAAAAGUGUCAGUAGAACAGAAUUAAAGGACAAUCAGAGAACAAGAAUAAAAACAGUGAAAUUUCAAAAUGGAUUGGAGCUCAAAACAAAGUUUCUUUAAAAAAAAAAAAAAAAAAAUCUCCAUCUCAUUUUUUUUUUCUUUUCAUUGUAAAUAUAACAUAGGAAAAUAGAAUUCUAUUUUUGUUCAUGGAUACUUACUGAAGUAUAAAUUAUGUAUUUUACUUUUUUCUUCUUUGUUUGUGUGUGUGUGUGUGUGUGUGUGUGUGUGUGUAUGUGUAUGUUUUUGGUCAUUGUACUUAGAAAAAAGAACAAAAUCACAAACUGACAAUUCACUGUACCUCAUGUAGUUGCUGAAUUCACAUCCCUGUUGAUUGAAUAGUAUUGGAGAAACAGCUGAAAACAUCUCACUUCGAUGUGUUUCAGUGAUGAACCUCGCACUCCAUGCUGAAUUAACCAGCCAUUUGCUAUGUUGUUAGUGCACUCUGUAGCAAAGGACAAAUCUUGAAAUCCAUGUACGUAAUUUUCUUCAUUUUUUUUAUUUUACUAAUUGUUUUCUAAAUGUUAAGGUACUUGCUGAAGUUAUAUAAUAAUUGGUUAUGUGCCAAAUUUGAAUGAGAGAACAUGUACAGUAAUUGUGGGGCAUCAGUUGUGGUGUGUCUUACAGUACAGCAUCAUCUGAAAACAUAUGUGAGUUUCUCGGUGAGAAUUAAUUCAUUGGGGAUGUGCAAAUAUUUAUGUUUUGUUUCUUUGUUUUUUAUGCUGCACAAUGCAGACCCACUCUGUGCAUUUGAGGUUUUCAUACAGUAUUUUGCUCUGUGUUGCUUCAUAGUGUUUAAUAGACCAUUUCUCAUCCAGUCAACAGCAAAUCUAAAUGACAUUUCUUUUAUAAUACAUAACUGUCACUGCCAUAUUAAUGCAAAGUAGGUACAAUAAUUGAGGACAAAGUUUGGGUGUUUCUACUUAUCUUACUGUAAUGCUCUUUUUUUUUCUCUCUCUUUUUUUCUUUUUGGUAUGGACUUUUGUGAUGUAUAUUGUGGCAUAGUUUUUGUUAAUUUAAUCAGCACAAUUCACUGACAUGCUGGACUGACAUGCUAGCUGCUGUUCAGAAGAGUAAAAUGUUGCUGUCAGGGACAACGUAUGCUGUUGUCAAUGGUACUUUGCUUUUAGGUUUCUGUAGUCUCUCAAGCAACACUGUAUGUGGCUUCUGUCGCUAGGUACACUCUUGUUUCGAAUCCUGCUAGCAGCCUGAUAACACUUCUCUUUGAUUUUGUCUUUUUGUGUGUGCGUGUGUGUGUGUGUGUGUGUGCGUGUGUGUGUGUGCGCGCGUGUGUGUAGAGACCGGUUUCUCAGCAGGUACAUAGACCCAUGGCAGGUAUUAUUGUUCGGGCGUUAGAGAUGUAGAAUAGUAUCUGUUGCUGCUUUUGGAAAAAAAAAAAGUUUUAAGUCUAAAAAUGUAAAUAGUUUUAUCAUAAUAUCUUGUACAGUCCAGUGUAAAGUUUUUAAUUGAACUUAAAAAGGUUGCCAUCACAUUUGUGUUCACAUUCUUCUUUAUACAGUACAAAAGACAGCUAUUUGCUAAGGAUAUUAUUGUUUAAAAAAAAUGAAAAAAAAAGGUACUAAAAAUAUUUUUGCUUGGCUUUAGUAUGUAAACCAGCAAGUCAUUGGUUUCCAUGUGCAGUAUUGACGUGAGGUAAACUAAUUAAUGCUACAGUUGUAUGUCCAGAGACCAGUCUUCUCUGUAAUGGUAGUAUUAUUAUAUCAAAUAAAAUAAAGCAGAAGAGUGACACAUUUUGGUGUAUUUAGACACCUUAGUGAAUUGUACAAAUAUCUAGGUUGUUCUCCCCACAAGCAGCAUUUGGCAUAUUGUAAUGUAACACCAUUUCUACAGUAUAUUUUCAAUUCACUGAUGUACGACGGCAGAUGAGGGUGUUCCUGUCUGUUUGCUUAUUUACCUCAAGAGUUCCUCUUUUUCCAUAAAAGAUAGAGUACACACACGUAUGACAAAAUCGUCUCACCAUCACUCCAUCUUUUGUACUGCUGUUGACACUUACAAAUUAAAGAGACAUUUUGUUUUA